CCGGCCAGUUGCCGUCCGGCAUCUCGACCGAUUUUCCUAUAUAUUGAAAGCUUGAGUGCAGUCCUUAGGCAGCUCAUCGUGUCAAAAUGCCAGCUUCUCCCUUCCAUCUCUCCGCCCUCGCUUCCUUCUUCCUUCUCUCCCUGUUGCCAACUGAGGCAGCAGCACAAGUCCAAGCCCUGUUCAUCUUUGGGGACUCUGUGGUCGAUUGCGGCAACAAUGACUACCUGCCAGGCUCCACUGCUACGGCGGAUUUUCUGCCGUAUGGCAUAGACUUACCGGCGGUCACCGGCAGGUAUACGAAUGCGCGGACGGUGGCCGAUAUUCUUGGUGAGCUCCUGGGGAUCGAGCACUUUGUUGCCUGCUCCAGGGAUCCCAACACCAAAGGCCAGAGGAUUCUGAAUGGAGUUAACUAUGCCUCUGCUGGAACGGGAAUCCUCGAAUGGACUGGUCGUGGCGAAAUUAUUACACCUUUGCCUGACCAAGUUCUCCACUUUGAAGAGAAGACGUUGCCAGAUUUGGAGUCUCAGCUAGGGAAGAACCUCCCAUCUUUCCUGUCCAAAAGCCUCUUUUUAUUUAACACGGGCGGGAAUGAUUACAUCAGCAAUUGUUUUGGAGAAUAUGAAUGUGACAUACCAACAUUCACGGAAUUCCUCGUCACAAACUAUACAACGAUACUCAAGGGGAUGUACAAUUUGGGAGCUCGGAAUUUUGUGUUGUUCUCAGCCGAAGUGAGUGGCUGCACGCCUUUUGGUCGUAGCUCAAAUGACGGGAUAUGCAACGAGGAUUACAAUUAUGCUUCAACAACUUUCAACACUCGACUGAACGCUUCCAUAGAUGAACUCAACCAAGAAAUGGCCGACGCUCAUUUCAUUUUCGUUUCUCUCUACCAGAUGAUCACUGAGAUUAUAGAGGACCCAAGUGCUUACGGGUUCGACAAUAUCACCGCUCCAUGCUGCAAGGUUCCUGACGGCGCUACCAUUUGUGAGGAAGCCGGCGCUGUAUGUCCUGAUCGGUCCAAGUAUCUCUACUUUGAUGGAGGCCACCCCACAGAUGCAGCAAACAUCAUAUUGGCCAACAGGGCAUUCUACUCGAACCAAACAACCAUGGCCUACCCCUUCAAUGUGAAGCAGCUGAUGAAUGUCACAUCCUUGCGGGAUGACACUCGCAAGGCUACAAAACCAUGGAGCAUGCCCACCAACUUUAAGGAUGUCCAGUGAUUAUUGAUAAUUGGCUUCGUUUCUAGCAUUGGAAUUGUAAUCCAUAAAAUGCAUCCCAUGAACUAUUGACAUGCCCAGAAGGCUACGUUUCGAACUUGUUUGCGCUAUUUGUCAUCACAAAAUAGAGCUUUGGUUCACAUACUUUGGCUUGCCCAUGUGUCUGUACUAUAUAUAUAUUAUAUAAAUAAAGGUUAGAUGGGUAAUGGGGAUUAUUCAAA